AUGGAGCUACUCGAUCUUCCAACCGAAAUCUUCGAAUGCGUCAUGGCGCACUACGUCAAUGGGGAAGGCAUCCGACGAGCCUGGCUUCGUCGUAGAACUUUCAACGACCACAUCAAAACAAAGGUGCUUGCCAAGCAGCCUGCCUCAGCCUAUUGGAACCUGGGUAAGCGCGAGUCGGCGUUUUUGCGAAACAUACUCAGACCCUUCCUCGAGCACCGAGUGGUCGCAUUGUACGGCGCCAAUCACGUUCUCCCCACGCACAUCAACAAGAUUGUCGACGUUCUCGUUAACGUCAGCGGUGAUACCUCGCCUGAAAAGCGCUCUGUUUGGGUCCGCGGUGUAAUCGGCGCUCUGAUUAAAACCCCGAAUAUCUGCAAGCUCGCCUAUAACCCGAGUAACAAAAGCAGGAGCAGGGUAAUGUCGUCGUCGGGGCGUCAAGAGGCUCUGAGUGUCGCGGUCAUCAUGGGCAAAAGGGACACUGUCUGCGCACUUACUACCGAGCAGGGUGCCAUGUGGACAAAGUGCUCGACAGGAUCUGAGCUGGUUUGUGCGCUAGACUUGGCCGUGCAAAAUGAUGACCUCGAUCUUGUUGAGGUCCUACUAUCUCAUACCCAGCGAUCAACUGUGAGCGAGGUCAUGAAAGUACAAACCGUCGCGGUCGUAAGAGGCAUUACGCAUGCUGUUCGCAGCAAUGAGCCCAUCGCCCUGGCUUUACUCGAAUGGUACAUCUCGAAUGCCAAGCACAAGGAGAUACGUCACCUAGGGGACUGGUUCGAAGAAGCCUGCGCAUCUGAAUUGAUGAGCUUCCUAGGUAGGCUGAUCGCACUGUCCACGCCAACUAUGCGAAAAGAAUUCAGAAAGAGGUUCCUCACGAUAGCCGAACCGUGUUCCAACGUAUAUAGCAGGCGCCAUCGUUUCCAUCCUCAGCUCUUCCGUGUUCUGGUAUCCUUCUUGUUGGAUGCCGGUUUGUUUGACCGCAGCAACAUGAACUCAUCCGAAUGGACAGAGCGCGCUCAUUUCCACGGUUUGAUUAACACUGCGGUACGGAGAGGAGACUUGAAUGCACUUGAGCGCGUCAUGGCGGCCAGCGCAAAUUCUGAUCGCCUACGCCCCGAUGCCAAGGGUCUGUCAACUUCUCUGCGCCACGCUACUCAACAAUGCCGUUUCGAUAUCUGCAAGUUGUUGAUAGAUCACGGCGCGAAUCCUGAUCUCAAUCUUGGUACUCAACACCCGAAAUAG